AUGAACCCGGGCUUUCCUCCUCCAAUUGUCCGCUUUGUGCUCUCCAUGUGCACUCCUCGCCCAGCAUGACAUCGUCCACGGACAGCAACUCACCCCUACGGCUUGACUUCGCAACCCUCGACGAUCUCUCCGAGAUCACCGAGCUGUGGUACAAUGCCUUCACCACGCCGGGCCUCCGCGCCAUCUGGCCCGACACCCCCGGGGUCCGGCAGUGGUGGCACGCGGCCAACCAGCACGACAUGUUGCACAAGCCGCGGGAGAAAUACCUGAAGGUCGUCGAUACCGCCCAAAAUGGCCGCAUUGUCGCCUAUGCCAAAUGGUCCCUCCAGACGGCCGAGGAGCGCGGCGCCCGCUGGCCCGCCUGGCAUCCGGACAUGGACCCAGUCCGGAACGACGCCUUUCUCCAUCAGCUCGAGACCUGCCGGGCCACGCUCGUCGGUGGGGGUCGACCGAACUUCUGUAGGUUGAAACCCGAUCUGGAUAUGCUCGCCACCCAUACCGCCUACCGUCGCAUGGGGGCCGCUCGUCUGCUCCUCGAAUGGGGCUGUCAGGCGGCUGACGAGGCGGGGGUCCCCAUCUACAUCGAUGCCAGUCAAUCCGGGAAGCCGGUAUACGAGCGACUGGGCUUUGAGGACCGCAGCUAUCUCCUCGGUGGUGACACGGGAGAGCUGGCCGCCAUGGUGAGGGACCCGCGGAAAUCAAGUGCUUGAGAAACAGUGUACUGGAAGAUUAGUAGUUGCUUCUGCGACGAGUCCUGGGAGUGCCCGGUUGGAUUGGUUUCUCGAGAACUGCCAAGUCUUGCUGAGUUGUUCAGUCACAGCUGGCGUGGGGAAGACCGGUAUAUAUAGAAACCAGGCCCGUGGGCAUUUCCCUGCUACAGCGGGUCGCCGUGGAACAUCAUGCUAUCGAUUAUAUAGAAGAGAAUCCUAUGUGUCCGUGAUCAGACACAUGAUGCUUUGUGAUAAUGUUG